UGGUAUGCUUCAAAACAUGAAAGGUGCCAAAUUUACUUGCAUCAGUGCCCAGGACAGUUUUCUAAUCAGAACAUUGUUUAUUUUGUUUUACAGAUUUUGGCCAUCGUAUCCAUUCUGUUCAUCGUACUGUCCACUAUCGCUUUGUCUCUUAACACACUGCCCGAACUGCAAGAAAUAGAUGAAUUUGGGCAGCCAAAUGACAACCCUCAGCUAGCACACGUUGAAGCUGUGUGCAUUGCUUGGUUUACCAUGGAGUACCUUUUGCGGUUUCUAUCCUCACCAAAUAAGUGGAAGUUCUUCAAAGGCCCGUUAAACGUUAUUGAUUUACUGGCAAUUUUGCCAUACUACGUCACUAUUUUCCUCACAGAGUCCAAUAAAAGUGUACUGCAGUUCCAAAACGUCAGGCGCGUGGUUCAGAUAUUUCGCAUUAUGAGAAUACUGAGGAUUCUUAAACUCGCCAGACAUUCAACGGGCCUUCAGUCUUUAGGCUUUACUCUCAGACGGAGCUACAAUGAAUUGGGCUUGUUGAUAUUAUUUUUAGCCAUGGGAAUAAUGAUAUUUUCAAGUCUUGUAUUCUUUGCUGAAAAGGAUGAGGAUGCUACAAAAUUUACCAGUAUCCCUGCAUCGUUUUGGUGGGCAACGAUCACUAUGACUACAGUAGGAUAUGGUGACAUUUAUCCUAAGACUUUAUUAGGUAAAAUAGUUGGAGGACUAUGCUGUAUUGCUGGAGUGCUGGUCAUAGCUCUGCCCAUACCAAUUAUUGUGAAUAAUUUCUCAGAGUUUUACAAGGAGCAGAAACGACAGGAGAAGGCAAUUAAAAGGAGAGAAGCGCUAGAGCGAGCUAAAAGAAAUGGCAGUAUUGUCUCCAUGAACCUGAAAGAUGCCUUUGCUCGCAGUAUGGAAAUGAUUGAUGUAGCAGUAGAUUCAGGUAAGGCUGAAGAAGCAGCCAAUCCAAAGGAGACACCCGAUGACAACCACCUGUCCCCAAGCCGGUGGAAAUGGACCAGAAGGACAAUGUCAGAAACGAGCUCGAACAAGUCUUAUGAGAACAAAUACCAAGAAGUUAGUCAACAAGACUCUCAUGAGCAACUGAACAACGCUGCAGCAUCCUCCAGCCCGCAACACCUGAGCGCCCAAAAACUGGAGAUGUUAUACAAUGAAAUCACUAAAACUCAGUCUCAGCCUAAUCUGAAUGCUGGUUACCAAGACCAGUCAGCAAAACCACCUGGGUAUGAAGAGGAAAUAGAAAUGGAAGAGGUUGCGGGUCAGAGAGAUCAAUUGCCAGCUGGACCUACUGACGUAGUAACAGACAUGAGAAGCACAUCUAGUAUUGAUAGUUUUGCCAGCUGUGCCACUGACUUCACAGAAACAGAGAGGUCUCCGCUUUCUCUGUUCCCUGGCUCUCAUCACUUGCAAAUGAGAUUUCCAUCGGAUUCUGUCAAUCUGGAAGACAACCAAAGAGCAAAAAGUUUUAUACCGUUCACAAAAGAUAAAAUGUUUUCUCCAACUGAUAUCACCUUUGACUAUAACCCAAUUGGCAGGGCUGUACUCAGCGACGGCAGCGGAUCCCAGAGCGUUUUGCACGGCCACUUGCAUUUCGACACCGCCACAGAGAGCCCCAAAAGUUCUCUGAAAGGCAGCAACCCUUUAAAAUCCAGAUCCCUGAAAGUGAAUUUUAAGGACAACAGCCCGCUGCCGGUGACGGCCGGCGCGGACUUCCCGCAGGCCGCCCCGCGGCACAUCAGCACCAUCCUGCUCGAGGAAAACUCCCCGCAGGGCGAGCGGCCUUUGCUCGGCGCCGACGCGGCCGUGCUCUGCCAGGGGCCUCCCAAGAAAUCAUCCCCUCUGUUUCCCAAGCAAAAGGUUUUCUCCUUCCCUUUGAAGGAGAGGAGGAGCUUCACUGAAAUGGACACUGGAGAAGAAGAAGAGUUUAUGGAGUUGCGUGGUAUAAAGCAUGAAAAGCAACAGGAUCUCAAGGCAAAUUGUUAUGGGGAUCAACACAGCGAUGGCAGCCACUUAACAGAGGAGCCCCAGGUCAGCUCUUCCUCUCCCAAAAGCAUGAGCCACAACUGUACUCAAGACAUUUACCAUGCUGGGGGCGAGGUAAAGACAGACAGUAACCAAGAAGGUUACAAAAUGGAAAACCACUUGUUCGCCCCAGAAAUUCAUUCAAAUCCAGGAGAAACUGGCUACUGUCCGACACGUGAAACUAGCAUGUGACUAGUUAAAAAAGCAAUAAAAAUACUUUUUCUUAAGCCACAGUUAGCAAUGCCUAUGAACUAAAAUGUGGGGAGCCUCAUAAAAAAAGUGCAUAAAAUAUUAUUUUUGCAUGGC